AUGGAGUUUAAGGAUAUGAAAGAAUUAAAGUGGCCUUCAAGGAUGAAGUCGCCCCCUGACACAAGAGAUAGGAGCAAGUAUUGCGAAUUUCACCGGGAUCAUGGGCAUACUACAGAGGACUGUCAUUCUUUACAGCGGGAAAUUGAAGCCCUUAUCAAAAGAGGAUUUUUAAAGAAUUACAUUGGUCAUGAUAAACGGCCAAGGAAUGAUCGGGACAAUCGGAAAGAGCUUAGGGCUGGAAGCAGUGCUCAACCCACUGCUGGAACCAUUAAUAUUAUCGUUGGGGGCAUAGCAUCCGGUGGAGACACAAGUAGUGGGCGGAAGCAGUAUGCCCGCCAACAUGUUCAUACCCCAAGAGAAUCCAGUGAUGAAGUUAAAGACAUCACUUUUGGUGCAAGAGAUUUGGAAAGAAUAUCAUAUCCUCAUGACAAUGCCUUGGUCGUUUCUGCGGUUGUGGCUAACUUCGAAGUAAGGAGGAUUCUGAUUGAUAAUGGGAGAUUUGGUGGUGGAAUCAUUAUCCCUGAAGGCAUCGUCGAGCUCCCGCUUACAUUAGGAGUUGGCAGUACACAAGUGACGGAAAUCACACCAUUCCAAGUGGUUAACACCCCAAUGGCCUACAACAUCAUUCUGGGAAGACCCCCACUGAACAAGAUCCAGGCUAUUGUGUCAACUUUCCACCUCGCCAUGAAGUUCCCCACAGGUCAUGGCAUCGGAGUAGUUUGA